AUGGAAGUAAUAUUAUUUAUUGUAGUUUUGCUAUCGUUUACUAUAAUUGCUACAGUUUUCGAUUACACGGUGUAUUCUGAACGAACAAUAUAUCAAUGGAAUCAAGAAUCAAAAGCUGCGGAUUUGAUUAUGUGUUUCUCCGGCAGGCGUGCUAUGCAAAGUUUAAAAAACAAAAAUUGUAUAGUCCGAGGUUUGGAUCUUACCCCAUUAUGUGGAACUACAACUAUAUCAAUGAUUCUUAUCAUAAUUGGGCACAGAUGGGGUUUCCGAUUACCUGGACCUUUACAAAACUACGAAGUUAAUGAACAGGUGUUCUACAAUUAUUUCAUUUCUAUAUUCACCUCUCAUAUGGACCUAUUGGUGGAUACAUUUUUCGCCAUAAGUGGAGCCUUAAUGAUCCUAAUCCUACUCGACCGCCUUGAAACUUCAUUCAUUAAUCCGUUUAAAGUAUUGGUGUUUAAAUAUUUCAGGUUAACGCCUGUUUAUGCUGUGAUAAUAUUCUUUUUUGCAACCCUUCAGUACAAAAUGGGAACCGGUCCCCUUUGGGAAGCUUUUAUUGGAACAGACAAAAAAAAUUGUCAACAAACAUGGUGGUUAAGCUUGUUGUACUUGAACAAUUACGUCGCAACAGAUAAAACGUGUGGAUAUCAUACAUGGUUCAUGCCUUGUGAAUUUCACUUCACGAUAAUUGGUGUCGGAUUAGGGUAUGUACUGCAUAAAAAGCCUAAAAUUGGAAUGUAUUUAACUUCCUUACUUAUGGCUAUUUCUAUUGCUAUACCAUUUGCACUCACCUUUAUUGGACAGAAACCAGGAAAUAUUCAAUUCAACAUGGAUUUCACGACAAAUCCAACCAAUGAUGAUUAUUUUAUGACAAUUUACAUAAAGUCUCAUACUCGUGCUGGACCUUACAUAGUUGGUGCUAUAUUUGGUUAUCUGUUGUAUAGAAGAAAAGAGAGUACAACUAAAUUAAACUUGACACAGACAUAUGUUUUGUUGGCAAUAUCUACUCUAAUAUGUACAACAACAUGGUUCAGUGGAGCUUUAAUUUAUCAUCCUUCCUACGUUUACGAUCCUUUGCAAGCCGCUCUUUAUGGUUCAACAAUAAGGAGUGUUUGGGCUGCAGGUCUAGUCACUGGACUUUAUGCUCUUAUAAUUGGACCACCAAAUUUCAUGAAGAAUAUGCUGUCGUGGAAACCAUUUAUACCGUUGGCCAGUUUAAAUUUUAAUGCGUACAUGGUGAACACCAUAUUACCGGUAGCCGACACUGCCAGCAGGCGGACUCCCGAUCACUUCGACAUCAGGAACUUCGUGACUGAUGCAAUUUCAGACACUGUAAUGUGUUUGACGGCUGGUUUGUUCCUUUACUUAUUAGUAGAAAGACCGUUCAGGCUUUUAAUCACUCAGCUUUUUGUUUCCAAAUCAAAAUCAAACACAAAUGACAAAAAAAACUAUGUUUCACAAGCUAUAGAAUCGAAUCGAGAUUGCGACAAAGUCCUACCUACACAUCACCGAACAUAA